CGAGAUGCUCAGCAAUCGAUAAGCGAGCAAGAAAGGAGAUGAGAGAUAAAAGAUAUCUACAAGUUCCAACUUAUCGAUAAGUAUUUUCCCUCCAAGCAUCCAAAAUUUCUUGACUACCAGUUAAGCAGCAGAUAUCCUGCCCUAACCCAUCGUCAGCAGCAACAUCGCCGAACCACACCAAACCAGCCAAUUCUACGACACAACCGCGGCUCUGCAAUCCUACACGAGCUCCUGCCCCCCAGGCCGCGACCAGCCGGAAGAAGAAUAAAGCAGGCAAACCACCGGCUCGUCCGGGCAGCACCCGUCCGCCAUGGCCCCUCCGAAGCCCAAGCUCGACGUCGCCGUCAGCAAGCCGACGCCGUACACGUUCGACCUGGGACUACUACUCGCGAACGACCCGAACCCGAUCUUGACCUCUGCCAGCGCCUUGUCGGACGACGACGACGACGCCGACGGUGCCACCUCCAGCGCCUCGGCCCCCGCGGGCGCGGCCGGCCUCUCGCCGGCUUCGGCGCGCCGGGAAGCCCUGCUCGCAGCCGUCGCGCGCGACGGCGCGCAGGCGCUAGUGAACCAGCUGCUCACGACGGUGCCGCUGGCGGCGACGCGGGACGGGGUGCUGCUGUCGCUGCCGGCGCCGAGCACGCCGCUGCCGCGCGAGAAGCGGCUGCCGCCGCCGAAGGAGCCGACCAAGUGGGAGCGGUUCGCCGCGCGCAAGGGCAUCCGGCCCCAGACGCGCGAGCAGCGCCGCGCCAAGGCCCUGCGGUACAACGAGGCCGCCGGCCGCUGGGAGCGCACCUGGGGCUACGACAGGGCCGGCACCCACGCUCCCCGCCGCCGCGACGGCGCCGUCCCCCCGGACUGGCUCGUCGAGGUCGACGAGAAGAAGGAGCGCGAGGACAAGGAGGCGCGGGAAAAAGAUAGGAGGAAGAAGAAGAAGAAGAAGGGGAAGACCUAGGCCCGGAGAUGGAAAGGCAGGCUGGUGGGAAUGGACGACGAUGGCUCUUCGGCGACGCGGAGCGUACCGUGGGGCCGCUAGUUUGAUAUCCAUGCAUCCUGGCCCUACGAAAAA